AUGCUGAGUCUGAACCAGCUGCUUCGCUGCGGGCCGAGAUCCGGGCGCCACUCACUGCUGGGAGAGCCGGCGGGGCUGGGCGGCCCCCGGGGACCCCUGGCGAGGGGUGAGGCAGAUGCGGCCCCCGGGGGCCCUGGCGAGGCCGAUGCGGCCCCCGGGGGUCCCUGGCGAGGGGCGGGGGGCGAGGCUGGGCGGCCCCGGGGACCCGGGCGGGGGGCGAGGCCGGCGAGGGGCCGGGGGCGAGGCGGGGCGGCCCUGGGGGCCCUGGCGAGGGGCCGGGGGCGAGGCCGGCGAGGGGCCGGGGGCGAGGCUAGGCGGCCCCGGGGUCCCGGGCGAGGGCCGGGGGGCGAGGCCGGCGAGGGGCCGGGGGCGAGGCUAGGCGGCCCCGGGGUCCCGGGCGAGGGCCGGGGGGCGAGGCCGGCGAGGGGCCGGGGGCGAGGCGGGGCGGCUCCGGGGACCCGGGCGGGGGGCGAGGCCGGCGAGGGGCCGGGGGCGAGGCGGGGCGGCCCCGGGGGCCCUGGCAAGGGACGGGGGGCGGGGGCGAGGCCGAUGCGGCCCCCGGGGGUCCCUGGCGAGGGGUCGGGGGCGAGGCCGGCGGGGCUGGGCGGCCCCGGGGACCCGGGCGGGGGGCGAGGCCGGCGAGGGGCCGGGGGCGAGGCUAGGCGGCCCCGGGGUCCCGGGCGAGGGCCGGGGGGCGAGGCCGGCGAGGGGCCGGGGGCGAGGCUAGGCGGCCCCGGGGUCCCGGGCGAGGGCCGGGGGGCGAGGCCGGCGAGGGGCCGGGGGCGAGGCGGGGCGGCUCCGGGGACCCGGGCGGGGGGCGAGGCCGGCGAGGGGCCGGGGGCGAGGCGGGGCGGCCCCGGGGGCCCUGGCAAGGGACGGGGGGCGGGGGCGAGGCCGAUGCGGCCCCCGGGGGUCCCUGGCGAGGGGUCGGGGGCGAGGCCGGCGGGGCUGGGCGGCCCCGGGGACCCGGGCGGGGGGCGAGGCCGGCGAGGGGCCGGGGGCGAGGCUAGGCGGCCCCGGGGUCCCGGGCGAGGGCCGGGGGGCGAGGCCGGCGAGGGGCCGGGGGCGAGGCGGGGCGGCCCCGGGGUCCCGGGCGAGGGCCGGGGGGCGAGGCCGGCGAGGGGCCGGGGGCGAGGCGGGGCGGCCCCGGGGGCCCUGGCGAGGCCGGGCGCAGUGCGGGCUCCGGGAGGCAGGGGGGGCUCUGUGCAGCGCGGCGGCGCCGGAGCCUGUGUCAGCCGCGCCGGCUCCUGCCGCCCAGAGCCCGUGGCCGCGCCGCCGGCCGCAGCUCCUCGGUCGGGUCGGGUCCGGGCAGGGGCCGGAGGGCCGCGCUCCCCCGGGUAA